GAGGAGGGGUGGUUCGAGUAGUGGGUGUCCGAUAGUCGGAUGAAUGCCCAAGGGCAAGGCCUGGCUGCCUGCCGGGCCUGGUGAGUGAGGACAUUCCGCUCUGGGCCGCCUCGUAGCAAGUGCGGUGCACGCCAGGCAUAAUCACAGCCUUUCCCCGGAGAUUUCGGCCCCCCGCCCGGCCGUUGCAGAGUAGGGAGCAAGGCAAGCGAGGAAGGAUUUAGAAUAUCUGCAAAUUUCCAGUUGAAAAAUUCCAUUCAAAUCAUCUUCAAGACCAUGUCGCUAAUUGAAAAUAGUAUAAUUGACCCAGAAGGAUAAGCACCUGCAACGCAUGGAUACUGAAGCACGAAACCAACCAAAGGACCUUGUCUUACCUGGGACUAAGCAGGAUUUAACGCAACAGAUUCCUUGUGUGGGACCUACUAAAUACUAUAUCUGUGGCUAUUUUGCAGCCUUCACUAAUAUUGCUACCACUUUCCCCAUACAGAAAGUGUUGUUUCGGCAGCAGCUAUAUGGACUAACAACAUUGGAUGCUAUUCGUCAAUUAAAGCAGGAUGGCUUUCGCGUUCUGUACCGGGGAAUUCUGCCUCCACUCCUCCAAAAGACAACAACUGUAGCAUUGAUGUUUGGCUUGUAUGAGGACUUAACAUGCCUCUUGAAGAGAACAACUAAUGCCCCAGAACUUCUGACUCGUAGUGUUUCUGCAGUAUUGGCAGGGACUGCAGAGGCAGUGCUGACACCAUUUGAGAGAGUGCAGGCUUUGCUGCAAGAUCGCAGACAUCAUAACCGAUUCACAAAUACCUUUGAUGCCUUUAAAGCUUUGAAAGUCCAUGGUUUGGGGGAAUAUUACAGAGGACUUGUGCCAAUUCUCCUCCGCAAUGGACCUAGUAAUGCAUUGUUUUUUGCCUUGCGAGGGCCUGUAAAAGAAUCCCUACCAGAAGCUACUACAUACAGUGCUAAUGUGCUCAAUGACUUCAUCUGUGGAGGAUUUUUGGGGUCUGUACUUGGAAUAAUGUUUUAUCCAAUUAAUGUGGUGAAAGCACGUAUGCAGUCUCAAGUUGGAGGAGAAUUUCAAUCUUUUACAAAAGUCUUCAUGAAAAUUUGGAGGGAACGGGAUGGCAAACUGUCCAGUGUAAUGCGAGGAGUGCACCUCAACUAUCAUCGGUCAAUUUUAUCAUGGGGCAUAAUCAAUGCAACCUAUGAAAUUUUGCUUAAAUUGAUCUGAGAGAAUUUUCCAAAGUUUCAUCCCUAACUGGAGCAAUAGCUUGAGCUCCAUAUUUUGUUUCUGGUAUUUGAUGUCAUCUCCUGCACCAUCUAUUGUGCAGACUUUCUCUUCAGUUCCAUCAAUCAAAUGCAUUUUGCCCAGCUUAUUUAAUGCAUGGGGCAGGAAGAGUCUAUCUUGAAGUAAAAAGAGAUCUGGUUUUUCUUAUGACCAAAUUUGAGAAUAUUUUGGAGUUACUUGGCUUUCAUUUUCCAUUGAAGUAAAGGGAGAGUAUGGGUCAUGAACCAGAUGAUGGAUACAAAUUAUUAUUUCAUCAAACCUACCUCAAAGAGGAUGGUUCAUAUUCCUUCUAAGCUCCUGGAAAUAAUUAUUUUUUGUCUUUAUUCUAGGCUUUACUGUCAGUUUCCAUAUAAAUUUAAAGCUUGCAUUAUGAUCUGAAACUUUUGUCCAGUUCUGCAAGAACCUGUUAUUUUUUUAAAUAGAUGUUUUUUUCCAAACUUAAGAGAUAUUAUAUCAAUUGUUAUCUUUUUUUGCUCUUGAUUUGUUGUGGUAAACUACAUGUUCUAUUGCUUUAACUUGCCCUUAACAUGGUUUAUGUAGUAUGCGAUUGAAGUGUUUGGGGUAACAUUGUCAAAUCAAUUUUUAGUUACCUUGUGAUAAUUGGAAAAGUUCCCUGUCUGUAUGCCUUGUUACCAACUGCUGUGUCCAUGCUGUGGUUGCACGACUGUUUAUCACUUUGCUGAUACAGACAGACCAAUGUCCUUAACACUUCAUUCUUUAUUAGAUUAAGUGGUACUGCAUUCAAAUACAAUAUUAAGUGUUCUGUGAGUACUUAUUUCUUUGAAGCAUUCUAGGAUAACAUAGAAUGCUUCAGCAAUCCACCCCAUAUUGACUUAAUUUGUCCUUUUAUCUUGUUGAGUAAUCAACUUUUGCACCUUUUGUUGAAAAUUAUAUUAAACUGGAUAUGGGUACUGAAUAGUUAUUUCAAUGUUGUGUUUUUUCCUAUUGCUUCAAAGUUAUUGAUAAUCUAAACAAAUGUCUGAACUUUGGUAAAACUUGGUCAUUGUGAAGAUACUUGAGGCAGGCUCAACAUGGAUGUAUUAUGAAGUAACUGCCAAUUUCUGUCCCCCUCACCGCCAAAACCUAGGAAUUGCUGAUCUCCAUGGGGAUCUGUACAACGGAGAAUUUCUCCAGUAGGAAAAUUCAUUUCGGAUGCUCAUGGUUUUUCUGAGCAUUGUUGGAGAUCUAAAAGCAGAUGGUUCAUCAGCCCACGAAGUUACAGGAAUGGAGUUAGCAUUUCAGGUUGGGAUCCUUUGUCAGAAGAAAUGCUGUCUAAUCUGCUGAGCAUAUCCAGAAUUCUCUGUUGUACUUCAAUUUUCCAGCAUCUUCUUUUGUUUUCAUGUACUGUUGCAUUAACUAGCACUUCUCUUCCAGAAGAAGUUGUCUUUCGCUCUCCAGCAGGAUUUUCUUCCAUCUCUUUUGCUCAUCCAUAGUGGUUUCUUUUUCCUUAGCAAACGUCUCCAGCUUCAACUCAUCCCACAUGGAUAUCAAUUCAAUUUCUACCCUUCACAAUUCUGACCUACUCAGGAUCACAGGCAUGUUCAAACUAUCAGUAUUUCUCAGGGCACUAUUCUCAUUGCAUCCUGAGAAUCAUGUUUUAUGCUGUGCCUUGGCACAUUAUUCUCUUGACCUUUCUCUGCAACAACAUCUGCAUUCACGAAAGUGAAGAACUAUGUAAUUGGAGAAUUUGGGGAAGGGGAUGGUGAAACUCUGGAAUGUGUUAUCAUUCAGAAGGUGAUAUUAGAUGUCGUAGUGGGCUUAUAGGUAGAUAAAUCCUCAGAGCUAUAUCAAUUAUAUCCCAGGCUGCUACAAAAGAAGGCUGCUGGGGCCCUGAUAGAUUUUCUAAAGUCUUCACUAACCACAGGUGAGGUGCCAAAUAAUGAGAGGCAGCAAAUGUACCUUUUAUUCAGGAAGGGCUGGUGGGAUAAGUCAGAUGUGUCUUGUAUAAGCAACUAAGUCUUGCAACAGUGGUAGAGAAGAUGCUGGAAAAAAGUCUUAAGGGUCAGAAUUAAUCUUCACUUGGACGGGUAGGGACUAAUUAAUGAUAAUCAGCACAGGUUUGUUGUGGGGGAUCCUGUCUGACCAUUUUGAAUGAAAUUUGUGUAUUGCUGAGAGUGUGUUGACUAUUUGCUUUCUGUAAGGCCUUUGAGAGGGUCCCAAAUGGGAGGCUGGUCCAAAAGGUUAGAGCCCACAGGGUCCAGGGCAAUUUGGCAAACUGGAUCCAAACUGGCUUGGUAAUAGGAGGCAGGGGCUGAUGGUGGAGGGCUGUUUAUGUGAUUGGAAGCCCGUGACUAAUGGUGUAUCACAGGGAUUGGUACUGUGAUCACUGCUUGUUAUGUACAUUAACAAUUUGGACAUGAAUGUAGGAGGUAUGAAUAGGAAGUUUGCAGAUGGCAUGAAAAUGGGUGGUGGAGUUGACAGCGAAGAGAGUAGUUAUAGACUGCAUGAUAGUGAUUAGUUGAAAGAUGAGCAGAGCAACGACAAUUUAAUCCUGAUAUGCAUGAGGCAAUGCAUAGGGUAGAACAUGCACAAUGAAUGGUAGGGCUCCAAGGAGUAUUGAGGAACAGAGGGACUUCAUUGUCCAAAUCCAAGGAUCCUUGAAGCAACAUGGGUAGAUAAGGUGGGACAUGGGAUAUUUGCUUUCAUUAGCUGUGGCAUAGAAUUUAAGAAUAAAGACGUUAUGAUUCAACUUUAGAAAAAAUAGUUAGGCAACAGUUGGAGUACCGUGUGCAGUUGUUACUGCCACACUAUGGGAAGGAUGUGAUUGAACAGGAGAGGAUGCAGAUGAGAUUUGCCAGGAUGUUGCCUGAGAUAAAGCAUUUUCAGUUAUGAGAAGAGAUUCAGUUAUUGUUUUGUUUGUUUUGCUUGGAACAGAGGAGCUGAGGGGGGAUUUGACAGUUAUACAAAAUAAUGGGGGGCAUAGAUAGGAUAGUUAGUAGGAAACUUUCCCAUAAAAGAGGCCUCUAAAAGUAGAGGGUAUUGGUUUCGGGUCAGGGAUACGAAGUUUAGAGUGGAUUUGAGGAAGAACAUUUUCAAGCGGAGGAUGAUUGGACUUUGGAACACACUGCCUGUGUGGGUGAUGGAGGCAGGUACUCUAACAGGACUUAAGUAGUGUCGAGAUGAACAUGUAAACUGCCAAGGCUUAGGAGCAAAUGCUUGUACUUUGGUACUUGACGGUUAGCAUGGAUUUGCUGGGCCAAAGGGCUUGUUUCUGUGCUGUAUUUACUCUAAUGACACCAACUUGCUCCAUCUCAAAGCUGCUGUUGUCCACAGUUCCACUUUGUUCUCUGUCAUAUUGUGCUGCAACAGAUGACAAUUUUCCUUCCUUUUUGAUGAAACACAAACUUAUAUAGCUAAUGAAUUCCAAUACCUGUCCUGAAUUUUCUACCCUUUCACCUCUUCUGACCCUAUUUCUCCCUCUAGUUUCACCCCCUGCUAUGUUUACACCUUCCCUUCCGAUCUUCUCUCUGAUCCUUAAUGAUCAGUCUUCAGCAGGGCCUCAUCGUUGUCCCCCUGGUUCUCAUCUUAAUGAAUUCUGAGCCGGAUGUGGUUUUGAACUCUUCUUCCUCCAUCAUCUCCUCUGUGCCCAUUUCUUUGGCCAGGAGUUAUCUCAGACUGUAGACCCUUUCUCCCAACUCCAGAAUUCCUUAUCCACUGGACCUCUCCCUCUGGCCUCUUAGCCUUCCUGGAUCUAUUCAAUGCUAAUUGGCUACAAGACAUUAACCACCUUGAUUUUCCCAUCCUGUGCAUUUACUCCAAUCUAUAACUUUUCUGAACA